UAUAACAUUAUACUUGUGAGCGUGGUCAGACGAGUAAGCGUUCGUUGUCAAGCUCGAGUUAUACUGGCAGGAUGGCAUCGGGAGUGGAUUCUCCUUUGGUACUUGUAACUGGAGCAACUGGAUUUGUCAGUACUCACGUUAUCAAGCUUCUUCAAGGAGAGGGCUACAAAGUUAGAGGAACUGUCAGAAAUUUAAAGGAUGAAGAUAAAGUAAAACAAAUCAGAGAACUAAGUCCUGAUGCACAACACCCAAUAGAACUUGUAGAAGCAGAUUUGACAAAAGAUGAAGGCUGGAAUGAGGCAGUGAAAGACUGUAGUUAUGUCAUCCACAUAGCAUCACCAGUUCCCAGUUCACCACCUGUUAAUGAGGAUGACAUCUUGCAACCUAUUGUUGAAGGUACCAAGCGAGUCCUUCAGGCUUGUGCUGAUGCUGGAACAAUUAAACGAGUUGUGCUUACGAGUUCGACAUUUGCCAUUCAUGGUGAAACUACUUUAGAAGAAGACAAGGUGUACAAUGAAUCUGAUUGGACUGACACUGAGUCAACCACUCUUGAUUCUUACAGCAAAAGUAAAACAUUAGGAGAGAAAGGAGCAUGGGAGUUUAUUAAGGAGCUUCCAGAUGACAAGAAAUUUGAAUUGGCUGUGAUUAAUCCAGGUCUUGUCUUAGGCCCUGUGUUAUCCUCUACAGUUAGUAGCAGUAAUGAGAUUGUAAAAAAACUCCUAGAAAGGGGAAUACCAAUGGUUCCAAGAAUAAACCUAAGUGUUUGUGAUGUUCGUGAUGUUGCUGAAGCUCAUCUGAAGGCAAUGACCACACCUUCAGCUAAUGGACAACGUUACAUUAUCUCCACCCAGAAUGUCUGGUUGAAAGACAUAGCUUUGAUAUUAUGCAAGGAAUUUAAACCUCAAGGUUACAGAAUCCCUACUAUGAAUGCACCAUACUUUGCUCUGUGGUUGAACAGUUUUAUUGAUAAAUCUGUCAGACCCGUAUUACCACGAAUAGGAAAAGAAUACAAGUUUGAUAAUACCCGGAUGAAAGAAGUUCUGGAGAUCAAUCCACUUGACUUAACUCAAACAAUUGUUGAUACUGCCUACAGUCUUAUUGAACAUGGAAUUGUGAAAAAGUCAAAGAAGUACAAGCAGGGUAAAAAGGAAGAGGAGGACCAACCAGUUGAAGAAGAAAAGAAAACAGAAGAGGAAAUUAAACAAGAAGGAAAAAGUAAAGAGAAAGUAGAAAAUAAUAGUGGGGACAAAAAUGAGAAGGAGAAGCCCACUGAGCUGGAACCUGAAGAUAAACCUGAAAAAGUUGAUGAUGAACAAGCUAAAUCAGAGAUAGAAGCUACUGAAAAAUGAAUGGCUCAUCUACGGAAUGUUGUCAUUUUUGUAAUAAUGGGAACAAUAGUAAACCUGUAACUUCAUUCUAAGAUGUGCUUUGAGGUUUUGUGCUUAUUGUUCAGGUCUGUUGAUAGAGUGCUUCAUGAGGUGUUGCAGCACGCCAGACUUUCUUGCCACUUUCUAAACCUUUUGUAUUAUUAAAGUUUCUAAGUCAUCAGUCGAAGACAUACACUCUUGGCAUUUUAUCUUUUGUGUUAAUGCUAUUUUCAUGUUGGGCUAGUUAAGAGUAAAACUUAAAUAAUUGAUACAGCUGUUGGGUGUAAGAAUCUACUUAAAUGUAAUAACUGUUCAAUAGAAGGUAUAUAUGAUUUAUUCAAUUUACAUUAACUGUUGAUGAGAGAACUACAACUAGGUUUUUGCUUAAAAGUAGUAAGGAAGAUAUUUUUCUCUGUAUUUUGUGAGGUUAACUGUAUACACUUAAUUAAACAUGAUAUAUUCUUAACUGUGUUUAAUGUUCAUGCAUUUUUCCUAUACAGCUAGUAUGAUAUAUAAUAACCCACUAACUGAUGCAAAUAAAAUUUUUAUGUUUUUUUGUAAUGUUACUUUUUUCAACUGUGCUUACAUUUGUGCAAAACUGCCAGGGUAAGUAGUAAGAAAAGAAGAGAAGUUAUGGUAAAACUGGAAGUUUAGUUUAGAUUGGUACUUGUAACAUCAAACCUUUGAUCUUCAUAUUUCUAGAAAAUGUUUGUUCUGGUAAGAAAUGUAAAAGACAGUAAUAAUUUAGUGUGUAGAAGUUUGUUGAAUACAAACUUUUGAAGGUUGUAUAAGUGCUCAUUUAGUUGAAAAUUAAUGAACAUAAAAUUUUUUUAAAAAUCUUUACAAAUAUUCAUUGUGUAAACAGAACAUCUCAACAUGCAUCUUGAUUAUACAUUUUCAUCAGAAAAAACAAAUACUUUACAAAUUAAAAGUACAUUAUAUUACCCUGAAGGCAGCCAUUUGGUAUUAGAAGAACUGAAUUUGUGUUUGAUAAACCAUAAACAUAUUUUUACAAUACAUUUUUUACCAUUUUAAUUUGCAUGUAAAUAUAUGUUCUAUAAAAGAAAUUUUUCCUAGAAAAUUUUCAUCUUUAAAUUCAUUUCAAAAAGAUAAAAUGUUAACUUUUACCCAAUGAUAUCAUACGUUUAUGUUUUGUUAUUUUGAUAUUUCAAAAACAGCUUGUAUUGUUAAUAUUAGUAUCAACUGGUAAGAAAUUUUACAAGAAAUAUUACAACACUUCAUGAGAGUAUAGGGUAAGCAACUCUUGUAUUGUUUAAUUUCAUGGCUAUUUUGAUAAAACUACCACACACACUAUGUAAUUGAAAUAAUAUGCUCUCUUAGGGAAAGGCAUUAUAUAUCAUUUUUAGUUGUUUUUUUUGUCAUAUGGGUAAAAAAAUUGUCAGAAUACCUAGUUAUAUUUUUUAAGUAUUUAAUGCCUAUUUGUAUUUCAAUUGAUGUGAGAUAAAAUCCAAAACUGUGUAGUUGCUGUGUGAUAUUUUGAUGCUACUCUUUGAUAAAUUUUCAAUACAUAAAAAUAAUAAAACAUUUUCAUAUUCCCAGAAUUUAGUUAGAAUUAGUUAAUAAUGCAUAAUGUAAAAGCUCAGGAUAUAUUUUUUAAUGUUAUAAUAAUUAAAAUCAGAAAUGUAUUUAAUGUUUGGCAAAGUUUGAUAAAAAAAGUGUCUUUCUGUGAUGUUAGUUUAGAAUAGGUAAGUGGCAAAUUUGUUUUUUUUUUAGAUUUUACCCAAUUUUCUACCAACAUUUAUAUGUCCAAGGUUUGUAUUUUGCUACUAAUAUAUUGUUUUUACAUUUUUUAUGCUUUUUCUUGCAUCAUGUACUACCCAUUUUUUUUACUAGGAUCAGAGUUUUUGAAGUCAGAUUAUAAAGCUGUUUUUAUCAAAGUCUUGUUAAGAAUAUAAUGGUUUUUAAUACAUAAUUCAAACUAACAUUUUAGAAUUUGAUAACCCAUUAGGAAAACAGCUUUUUUUUCUAAAAUCAAACGAAGAAGAAUAACUUGUUUUAUUUUUUUUUGUAUACGUUGAAUAUUUUCCAUUUCACACUUACUAUAUAUAUACUUGUAUAUGAGUCACUUUAAAACAGAUUAUUUCAUUCAGUAGUAGAUUAUGUCUGUUCAAUAUAAUGUAAUGUAGACACUUGAGGUACAUGAUUGAAAUAGAAAUAUUUUUCAAAAGUAAAAAAAUGGCAUUAACUUCCUCAUAUUUUUAAAGACUAUAUUUUAUUAAUGCUUUAUUAUUUUUAUUUGUUUUUUUUGUGGAUAUACUUCAUGUGGCUUAAAAAUUUUAGGUGAAAGUUAGAAGUUCAACCUUUUUAUAAUAAUGUAAUAUGUUUUAUAUCAGUGAAUAAACAGUUAAGUUCAUCAGUUUUUAUGUUCAAAGUUUUUCUAGUUGUAGGAUUGUUUUAAUUACUUGUGAAUUGUGUUUAAUACAGUCAUGAAGAGUUCUUUUCAUUUGAUGUAGGAUAGUUUUGAAUAUCUGUUUUUGUACUGUGAAUUGAUGUAUGCUUAAUGUUAGAUAUAGUUUACUCAAUUUUCAUGUUUGUCUUGUUGUUAACGUCCAUCUUUUUGACAUCUUGGAUUUUUGUCUGAAUUGUAGUCGUGAGGGGGUAAAGAAUCCUUUAAAGCUCAAUUAUCAUAUCAUAAUUUAUUCAUUUAAUCAAUCUUUACAGACUUAUGUAGGUUUAAAUAUAUCAGUAUAAAGAUAUACAUGUUUAAAUAUGAGAUGAGAGUCAUAAAUCAAACCGACACUAAUAAAUUGAUAGUUUAAGAAAUACUAUUGGAGGAUAAUAGUUUAAUUAAUAAUUUUUGAUAAUUAGUUUCCACAGUUGGAACUGAAAUUGUUUAAAUUCGGUAGACUUUAGUAGCAUAUUUGGUUAAAUCAUUUGCUGCUUGAGCAGGUCACAGAUUAUUAUUCUGGUCAGUCAAGUGUUCACAUCUUUAGAAAAGAUUGGAACUAUAACUUAAUAACAUUCAGUAGAUUCUCUGAUCCAGCUCUCUAUCAUACAUGAAAACAUUUCAACUUUUACAUGCAUGUACAUCAUAAUCAAAUAUAUCUUUGUGCAAUAACUCCUUAUUUGUCAUUUCUAAUUAAUAUAUUGGCAAACUAAGGAGCAACUUUAUUUCAUUUCUCAACUGAUAUGGGGUUGAAUCACAUUUCACUGCAACAACAUCUUGAAUCCAGCAUGAAUGACUCUACAAGCUGUUUGAACAUGUGUUUGAUAGUAGUCCAUCUUUCUUAGAGUAUGGAUAGAUAAUUUUAUACCUCUUGGAAUAAAAAAAGGUGGCAAGUGUGAUAUUCAAGCUCAUUCUAAAAAUUGUUUAUUUAUGAGGCUCAAGAUUCACUUGACAUAUCACAUAAUUAGUUUCUUUUGCAUAGCCAAACAUCUAGAAUGUGUGUUGCAUGAAUAUAGGCAGUUCUCAUAAAGUAGCAAGUCAGUGUAGUUGAUGAAUAACGUAAAUCCAUUCAACUUGUAGUCCCACUUGCAGUGAAUUACAGAGAGUCUGAUGUACUUACAAUAUGGUGGUGGCUGGUUGCUAGUAGUUGCUGAAACAUUGUUAUUAAAGUAGUUAUUAAAGCAGUGAUACCACACAAGCAACAUAUUGAUACUUGGCUUUUAAAGUAUUGUAAUAAACCACAAACUACAGUUCUCAUACUACUAGCUCAGAUAAAGCCAUAAUGGUGAAACAUUGGCUGAAAAUAAAAAGGGCCAAAGAUAAAGUUUUCUUAUUAUUAUCGGGAGAGUAAAGGUAAUUUUUUCUAACUUAUUGCCACAUUUGAUAACAUAGUAUAAAAAAUUAUGUUGUCCUGCUACUAAAGCAGUGACAAACAUUAUAACUGAUUAAUUUAAGUUGUGAUAAAUGGCUUCUUAUAGUGAAUGAAACGUUGAUUGGAUAACAUAUAAUUAUAGCUGUGAUAACUGGCAUCUAAAGAAGUGAUAUAUACAACUAUUAGAUAGCAUAUAAAGUUUUUGGUGGCUAACUUUUGAAGUAGUGACAUAAAUUAUAACUGGAUAACAUACCACUGGUGUCAGCUAAUUACUAAAGUAGCAACAUAAGCUGUGACUGAUUAAUAUCAAAUAAAGUUUAUAUAAUUGCAUGGCUUCUAGAACUGACUUUCAAUUGCAUAUUUUACUAUUUUUAUUGUUCUUUAUAGCUGCAUUUUUAGGACUUGAAAAUGUCUCUUAAUUUUUAACAUUUUAUUAUACUUUUAAGAUGUAAGGCAAAACUGAUUAAAAACAACCCCAAACUUUAAUCUUAAAUUUGUUUUAUAGAAGAUCUCUAAAAGGAUUGAACAACUACCAUAUUGAAUAAUAUAGAUAAGCCUAAUUGUUUGUUUUUAAAUUAUUUGUUGUUGUAUCCAAGUUGAGUUUUCUUUUAUUUCCUCAUUAUUGUUAAACAUACUUCAAUUCUCAAUAAAAAAAUCAGUGUAUUUUGUUCAAAGUUUUGAUAUUAGAAUAUUAUUUGUGUUCUUUUCCUCCAAGAUUGUAUACUUCUCGUAUCAGAUGUAUAUUACUAGGAAACAUGUAAAACUGCUUCAAUCAGAGUGAUCGAACAUAUUAUUUGAAUGACAGUUUUUUUUCAAUUUGUAAAAUUGAUUAACACUAACCAUUUUCAUAUAAUAAAAUUCAUAUAUUUUAAUAAUAAUCGAAUUAUUGUUGGAAUAUGUAUGAAUACAUUUUUCUAUCCAUGGAAAUAGUAUCCUAUAUGGGUUAAAAUUACGGUUAUUGAAGGUGCAACUAAUUUGUAGCAUUAUUCUUCUAAAUGUUCUUGUAAUGUUCACAGAAUUUAAAAAACAAACAUUUAAGUAAUUAUAGUUGUAAACAUUCCUUAUGUCUAAUUUUAAUUUACAAUUUAAUAGUCUUGUAAUUAUUUUUAUUAGUUAUGCCUUUUGAGUACAUUAUUAAUAACCUGAAAUGUAUAAGUAUAAAAUGUUAAAAGACAAAAUUGCCUUCAGCUGUUCAAUCAGUUCUUCACAAACAUGGGCAUGAAAUGCUCAAUAUAUGGAAGAACUACUUUAGAAAUCAAUUAGUAAAAACAUUAUGCAAAGUUGAAGGAUAAAGAUCAGUAGUUCUUUUAUGAAUGUUGGAAAAAAUUCUGCCAUAUUGUCAUGUAUAUUCUAUUUAAAUUUUGUUCUUUGUGGUUUAGAACAUAAAUUGAUAUCAUCAAACUACACUGAUGUUAUUUGUGUCAUUGUAAACGCUUGCUUCGUGUAAUAAAAAAAACUGUUGUGUCCAUAAAA